AUGGCUGUCACCUCCUCGACCUCGAUACCGCACGGCGCGCACCACCGACGCGUGUGGUCGCUCAUAUGCUGCCGCAAUCCCGCCACGCACUCGUUUUACGGCGACGAUGCCGACACGGAGAGUAGCACUCGCGGAGAUGCGCAGCCCGCAGCAGCGCCCGCGGAGAAGCUGGCGGAGCCGGCGCAGCAAGUGCGAGACGACGAUGGAACUCCGUUCCUAUCACUGAAGGGAAUGACGGAAGGCGCAGUUACAGGGGGUGCGUCACGCGCUAAAUCGGCAGCAAGAGAUGGGGAGUCAUCCAUGACUUUAUGCGACGCGCCGAUCGAUGAUGGAGCAGGGGUCGCGUCAUCAUCCGACCUUUCCAGCAGCGUAUCCACAUCAGCACCGCAUUCCGCGUUUAGCGCCGCGGGUUCCCCCUUUCGAGCAUCGUCCGGUUACAGAGAGUCCGCCGCAUCUGCCGGUGCCACGCCUCCGCCGGAAAUUAUGGACAUGUGGAAGAGCCUCGAAGCCCCGACAUCGCCUAAGAACGGUUCCGCCGCGCCUCGCAAGAUGCGCGCCGCGCAUUCCGCUGACGCCUCAUUUCUCCGCUUGCACCACGCGGCUGUGCGCGUGGAAGUUCCGCCUUCUCCGGCGAAUCUCUCGGAUUCCGCCGUUUCGCCAACAAACUCUGAGGCAGGCGUGCCACGAACUCCGGGCGGCACUUAUUUGUCGUUCUCGACCGCCCCCUCGCCCCGCACCCUGCAAUGCGCGUACUCGCUACAAACCGGCGCGCUUAUCGUCACGCCCAGCCCCUCCGGUUGGGCGGCGAUUGGCGGAAACGGCGGGGCACCGGAGAGCGAGAGGCCGCACACUUCGCCGGGGGGAACGCGGAAAACGGGGGGAAUUGUGGGGUGGGAGCAGGAGGCGCGGCGGUGGGAGGAGGCGGAGCAGCAGCGGCUGCGCGUGGAGGGGGAGGUGCGCGGAAUGGUUGCGCACCUAAUGGGGCAGCUGCGCGCGGUAAGGGGAUCGGCGCAACAGCUGGCGGGACCCCUUUGCGCGGAUGCGACGGAAAGCUGUGGGGAGGAAGAGAUCGCGGGCGGCGGAGAGGGAAGAGCGGAAUGCGCGGGAGGCGCUGAAGAAUUGGCGGCGGUAUCGGCGGCAGCGCGCGCGGUUCGGCUGCUGGUGAAGAGCAGCGACGCGAAUCGCAGCAUCGUGGCGGCUGUGCCGGGCGCCAUCGGCGCGCUCGUGGGGGUGGCGGACGCGCUGCUGCUGGCGGAGAGCGCGCGGAUCCGCGGAGCUGAGGGGCUGAAAGCGCGCGGAGCUAACGCGGCGGCCGAGGCGGAGAGGAGAAGUGAGCGCGGGCGGAGGAGCGAAGGGGAAAAAGCAGCGGCGGGGGCAGUGCGGAUUGUAGGUGGGGCAGAGGAGGGUUCGGGGACGGAGGGUGGGGGAGGCGCAGCAGCCUGCGGGGCGAUCGUGGCGGGUAGAGGGGAAGCGGAAGAGGCCGAAAUGGCGGAGACGGUGGAGGCGGCGGAGGUUGGGCAGGUGGGCGGGGCAGCGCGUGCGGAGAGCGCGCAGGAGGCGGUGGGCGCGGAGUGCGCGUGGAGGGAGAGCGCACGGGAGGAGGUGGGAGCGGAGAGUGCGAGGGAGGCGGUGGGGCAUGCGGUGACGGCGUUGCUGAACCUGUCGCUGUCGCCCGCCACUCACGGCGCCCUGCUGGCCGAGGGCGCCGUGGACGUGCUCUCCCGCCUCGUGGCCCGCCCAUGCUCCCCUCAUGGCGGGGGUGGUGGCGGCACUGCUGUCAGCGGUGGUGAUGGAGAGGGGAGGGGGGGGAACGGGUGCAGUGGGGAUUGCAAGGGAGAGGAGGGGGAGUGCUGUCUGGCCGAUGAGGGGUCAGCGGGGGCAGGGGUGGUGUCAUCGGUGGUGUCAUCGGUGGUGUCACAGGAGGCACGGGAGAAUGCAGCAGCUGCUCUCUUCAUGCUCACCUCGUCCCCCCUUCCCCCCUCCCUCUCCUCUGCACACUCUACCUCUCUCUCCUCCUCCACCUCCUCCCUCACCGGCCCUUCCCUCUCCACUGCCCACCUCGCCCUCCUCUCCUCUUCCUCCCCCCAGCAAGAACCGCCCCCCACUGGAACUCACACCUCAAACCCCAACGCAACUCCUUCCGAUCCGCCGAACACCGCUCUGAACCCCUUUGGAUGCGACCCGGACGCGAUGCGGCGGUGGGUGGCGGCCACGCCAGGCGCCAUCGCUGGCCUGGUGCACAUGCUGCCGCCCUCGCCCGCCCGCUCCCUGCGCGGCCGCAAGGACGCCGCCCUCACACUCUUCAACCUCUCCCUCUGCGCCGACCUCGUGCCGGCCAUCAUCGCGGCCGGCGCCGUUUGUCCGCUAGUGCGGAUGCUGGAGGAGGAGGGGGGGAUGCGGCUGGGCCUGGAGGAGAAAGCAGCAGCCGUGCUGGCGCGGCUGGCACAGGCCAAGGAGGGCAGCAGGCAGAUCGUCGCUGCCGGUGGUAUACCACCGCUGGUGGAGCUGCUAGGGGCGAGCAGCACGGCUCUGGGAGCUUCCCCAUCCAUGGCUUCUCUGGCAGAGCUGAGUGCCGUGUCAGAGGAAGGGCCGUGUGGGGGAGGGGGAGGGACGGGAAAUGUGGGGAGUGGGGCAGGGGAGCAGCAGCGGUGGAGGAGGGUGCAGAAGGAUGUGGGGGCGGUGCUGGUGAGAGUGGUGGAGGAGGAGGGUGCAUGGCAGGAGAUGCUGGAAGAGGGUGCGCUGCUGGUGCUGCGCAAGAUGAGGCACCGCGGGUCGUCCAGGGCCCGACUCACGCUUGUGUCUUCCAAGUUCACAGCCAUGGCCACGGAAACUUUCCUCUUCACCUCCGAGUCUGUGAACGAAGGACACCCUGACAAGCUUUGCGAUCAGGUGUCCGAUGCCGUUCUCGAUGCGUGCCUGGAGCAAGACCCCGACAGCAAGGUGGCGUGCGAGUCGUGCACCAAGACCAACAUGGUGAUGAUCUUCGGCGAGAUCACCACCAAGGCCAAGAUCGACUACGAGAAGAUCGUGCGCGACACCGUCAGGAACAUCGGCUUCGUCUCCGACGACGUCGGCCUCGACUGCGACAAGUGCAAUGUUUUGAUCAACAUCGAGCAGCAGAGCCCCGACAUUGGGCAGGGCGUGCACGGCAUGGGCACCAAGAAGCCCGAGGAGGUCGGCGCGGGCGACCAAGGCCACAUGUUCGGCUAUGCCACCGACGAGACCCCCGAGCUCAUGCCGCUCACGCACGUGCUCGCCACCCAGCUGGGCGCGAAGCUCACGGAGGUGCGCAAGAACGGCGUGUGCCCGUGGCUGCGGCCCGACGGCAAGACGCAGGUGACCGUUGAGUAUAAGAACGAGGGCGGCGCUAUGGUGCCGAUCCGCGUGCACACGGUGCUCAUCUCCACGCAGCACGACGAGACGGUCACGAACGAGAAGAUUGCGGCGGAUCUCAAGGAGCACGUGAUCAAGCCCGUCAUCCCCGCUAAGUACCUCGACGACAACACCAUCUUCCACCUUAACCCCUCCGGCCGCUUCGUCAUCGGCGGUCCCCACGGAGACGCCGGUCUCACCGGGCGGAAGAUCAUCAUCGACACGUACGGCGGGUGGGGCGCGCACGGAGGUGGCGCCUUCUCCGGGAAGGACCCCACCAAGGUGGAUCGCUCCGGCGCGUACGUCGCCCGCCAGGCCGCCAAGAGCAUCGUCGCUGCCGGCCUCGCCAGGCGCGCGCUCACUCAGGUCUCGUACGCCAUCGGUGUGCCUGAGCCGCUGUCGAUCUUCGUGGACACAUACGGCACUGGCAAGAUCCCCGAUAAGGAGAUCCUCGAGUUAGUGAAGGAGGCGUUCGACUUCCGGCCGGGCAUGAUCUCGAUCAACCUGGACCUGAAGAAGGGUGGCAACAAGCGUUACCAGAAGACGGCCGCGUACGGCCACUUCGGCCGCGACGACCCCGACUUCACGUGGGAGGUGGUUAAGGAGCUCAAGCCCAAAACCGCCACCUAA